AUGGCGUUACCACCCGACUACUCCAACGAAAUCAACGCCCUCAAUCGCGAGGUCCUCAAGCACCAGCCUCAGGACGUGCUGCAGUUUUGCGCCAACUUCUUCCUCCGCCGCCUCGAGUCGCAGCGCGCCGAGUUCCUGCUGACCCAGCAGCAUUCCUCAGAACGCCCGGGCGGCUUGAUGCCAGGGACAAACUUCCCCGGCAGCAAUCCCUUUGGUACCUCGCCCUCGAGCAAGCCCAGCACCCCUCUGGGCAUGCAGAGCCUUGAGGAGGAGGACGAAAACGAUCUUCUCGCCUCGCCCACCGCAUCAUCCUUCCCCAGCUCGCUCAUGUCCGCCCACAACAGCAGCAGCGCCUUCUCCGCAGCUCUCGACGGCUCCAGCGGUGUCUUUGGCGGCUUCGGCGGCUUCAACCCCUCGCGCUCGGCCCCGACCGCCUCAAGCGGCUUCGCCGCCAUGCACGCAAUGGAUACGCAGAGCUUCCCCAGCAACUACAACAUGGGUCGUCGCACCUCCGUCUCCGCAGAGUCGCUCAACCCCACGUCCGCCAUCCACGAGAACUGGUCGCCGCCCUACCACCCCAAGACGGCCGACCAGCAGGCCCGCCUCAAGGCCGCUGUCGCCAGCAACUUCCUCUUCUCUCAUCUUGAUGACGAACAAUCGGCACUGGUGCUCGGAGCGUUGCAGGAGAAGCCCAUCCCGACAAAGGGCAUCAAGGUCAUCACGCAAGGCGAUGUCGGCGACUACUUUUACGUUGUCGAAAGCGGCGCCUUUGACAUUUACGUGAACCAGUCCGGCAAGCUGGAAGCUGGUCCGGACGGCGCAGGCAACAAGGUCACGAGCGUGGGCCCUGGCAGCUCCUUUGGUGAGCUCGCACUCAUGUACAACGCGCCGCGUGCCGCAACCGUCACCUCGACCGAGCCAUCAACUCUGUGGGCUCUUGACCGCGUCACCUUCCGCCGCAUCCUAAUGGACAGCGCGUUCCAACGCCGCCGCAUGUACGAGGGUUUCCUGGAAGAAGUGCCCCUACUGGUGAGCCUGACGCCCUACGAGCGAUCCAAGAUUGCCGACGCGCUCGAGACGCGCAAGUAUCCUUCCGGUACAACCAUCAUACGCGAGGGCGACGUCGGCGAGUCGUUCUUCAUCCUCGAGUCGGGUGAGGCAGAGGUCUACAAGCGUGGCAUCGAGAAGAGCGUCAAGCGCUACAGGAAGGGUGACUACUUUGGCGAGCUGGCUCUGCUCAACGACGCACCUCGCGCUGCCUCAGUCAUCAGCAACACCGAAGUCAAGCUUGCAACUCUGGGCAAGGAUGGUUUCCAGAGGCUGUUGGGCCCCGUCGAAGGCAUCAUGAGGCGGAACGACCCGAGCAAGCUGCCCCUCACCGACGACUCGGAUCCGCUGGCUGAGCAAAUGGAGCCAGACACGGCUUCCGUUGCGUAA